GGCUACUAUUUCUUCGUGGACUCUUGGGCAGAGUGCGGAGACCGCAGUGUGGAGCAACAGAUCUAUCCAUCCAUCCCAUCCUCGAUCCUUCAUUCCUGCCCGGCGGCGAGCGAGAGAGAGGCGGAGGAGAUCCGAGAUGGCGGGGAGCGGGUGGAGGAGGAUCCCGGCGGUGAGGAGGCCGCCCAUGUCGCGCCCGGCCUCGGUCUGCCUCUGGAUCGUGCUCGUCGCCGCCACCCUGGCGCUCGCCCAGGCGAAGAAAUCGAAGGCGGAUUUGACUGAGGUCACCCACAAGGUCUACUUCGACGUCGAGAUUGAUGGCAAGCCCGCAGGACGGGUUGUCAUGGGACUUUUCGGGAAGACUGUUCCUAAAACGGCAGAGAACUUCCGAGCACUUUGCACAGGAGAGAAAGGAACUGGAAAGAGUGGCAAAGCACUCCACUUCAAGGGAAGUGCAUUCCACAGAAUUAUACCCAGCUUUAUGAUCCAAGGAGGUGACUUCACACUUGGUGAUGGAAGGGGUGGUGAAUCUAUCUAUGGGACGAAGUUCGCCGAUGAAAACUUCAAGAUCAAGCACACCGGACCAGGCCUCCUGUCCAUGGCCAAUGCUGGGAGAGACACAAACGGGUCCCAGUUUUUCAUCACCACUGUAACCACCAGCUGGUUGGACGGGAAGCACGUCGUGUUCGGUAAGGUGCUGUCUGGAAUGGAUGUGGUUUACAAGAUUGAAGCUGAGGGCCAGCAGAGUGGGUCACCGAAGAGCAAAGUUGUCAUCGCGGACAGCGGCGAACUGCCGAUGUAAUGAGCUGAAAUGAUGUUUCACUGAAGCUACUGCUACUGCUUCUCGUUGUAGAACUGUUAUUAGCUGCUCUGUUUUGCUAUGCUUCUACCCCGAAUCUGGUUGGAGUAAAUUUCUGUUAGACUAUAACAGCGUGCUUAUAUCGCCUCUUAGUUGUGGGCGAUUUGGAGUGAACUAGCAUAAAAAGGUCGAAACUUUACUUAAGUCGUCUUCUUGUUCUAAGUCGAAUUAUACUUUGAAGUGA